AUGAUAACACCACUUCCACUCUUCACGAUCGGCGAGGUUGCCUGGACCCGACGAGGUCAGCGCCCUCCUCCUCCGGCUCCUCUCGGGACGAACCAGGUUCAAUCGAAGGAGUCGAGGUUCUUGGCCUUCGCUCUUCCUUCCGGGGAUCCGGCGUUGCGAACGGCCCUGGCGUUGCUCGAUGGGGCCGUUUCAAGAGACAACGAAAACUCAAGGAGAAUCGGGAAGACAAACUUUUUCGAGGCAUCGGACGAGACGAACCUGGACGACAUGGAUCCGGACGACACGGAUCUGGACGACAUGGGCAUGACCGUAUGGCUGUGUCGAAGGCCGCUCGUCGGACAGAUGGGGAAAGGCGCGUCGUCAUCGACGACCGGGGUCAACCUUGGCAUGAUCGCACUGGGAAUCUCCCUCACAGGCCUGGGGUUUCCCACCUACACCAGGCUGCACGAGCCAAAGCGGUUCCACCCACACGCGCUGGAAGCUCGUCGCCGUCUGGGCUCCGUCCUCAAUAGUUUCGUCUCCCCCUUCCAGCGGUGCUGCUUUCCACAUGUCCCUGAGGAUCUGGCCGCUCAAAAUUUUUUGGGCAUGAGGUCCGGAUCCUUGAGCAUUGGUGAAAUUCCUGAAAUUAUCUGGAAGCACGUCGAGGUCGAAGGCCACUGUCCCGACGAUCGAGGGGAUCACUCCGAGGUUAAUCAUCAUGAAAGGGCCGAAAACGGCUGUUCCUCCGAAGAGCAAAGCCCUGAGGAUGAACACGUGUUCGAAGAUGCCGAUGGGGACGGAUACCCUGAAGUCCAGAUUGCAGAGAAGGCUAAUGAGUCCGCAGAUGAUGGCAGCGGUACUGGAGAUGGUCGAUCAUCGUUUAUGGAAAGAAGCGUUCAGGAGGAAUCCCAUCCCCUGACUGUGGGAUUCCCACGGCUGCGGGCAGGGGCGUUUCACGUGCACCCCGACACUCGAUCGUUCUCUUCGGCGCCCAGACCUUCCGUCUUUAGACCCCACAGGGACCUGUGCAUACAGGAAUCAAGUGCAUCUCCUGGGCCUGACCUCCCUCAAGCGAUUCCUCCUUGCAACAUCAUGAAGGGGCUCUACAUCCACGACGACCUGGAUGCCGUCCCCUUCGUAGAAGGGGUUUGGCUUUACACGGAGGAGGGUCUCCUACAGCUCCCGGUACCUCCCCCGGAGUCCUCCGAAAUUCUUGGUUUCAGCCUCGACCUCCCAAACUCGACGGAGGAAAAGGAGGCAUUGAAAGAAGAAAGUGCUUCGCUGCGAUUCCACCUCCUCGAAGCCAAUGCUGAAAAGAGGGCUGCUGAACUCCAGGUUGAAGCACUUCAACAAAAGCUUCAAGACCUGCGAGUGCUGGAAGCCGAGCUGGAGAGAGCCAAAGGAGAGGUUUUUUACUUGGAGACUUUGCUUUGGGAAGCAGAGGUUCACCAAGAGCAAGCCGAGGAUCGGCUUAAGGAAGCAGCCAAUAAGAGGAGCCAGGAGGCUCUUGAUGUAAGCAGCGGGGCAGGAAGAAACGCUCCACCACCACCAAAUUUCCUCCGUCUCCCACCCACAGCGCCUCAGAUGUGUUCCAAUGGGGUGGAUGAUCCUCCACCUCGCAGCACCCCACACCUCGACACGAGCGAUGCCCCUCGUGUUCAAGGCUCCUGCUGA